AACAACAAAAAGGAGAAGAGCAAGAAGCAAAGAAGGAGAGGAACAAAUCCGAUAGAGGAGAUUUGAAAGGAAGCCAAAGGAGGAGAAAAGGGAUGGUGGCCAAGAUGUGAAGUGCUUCACGAAAGAGGAGAGACGAAGGUGAGGAUAAAUAGAAACGGGGAGUGUUAGAACAAGGACACCCACAAAGUCCUAGGAAGAGACGGACAGGAUUAAAAAGUGAAAAGAGAGGAAGCCACACGGGACUAAGAAGCCGGGAGCUCUGGAACGGUAGGAAGAGAAAGCAAGAGACUGGUUGAGGAAGGGGGAGGGAAGAAAACAUCUGGAUGGUCUCCACAGCGACGGCCAGCAGGUUACCCCCCCUCCGAAGAUGGCCUCCAACUUCAACGACAUCGUCAAGCAGGGCUACGUGCGCAUGCGCAGCCGCAAGCUGGGGAUCUAUCGGCGUUGCUGGCUGGUUUUCAAGAAGUCAUCUAGCAAAGGACCUCGUCGUCUGGAGAAAUACCCUGAUGAGAAAUCUGCCUACAUCAGAGCCUUUCCUAAGGUGACAGAGAUUAGCAACGUCAAGAAUAUCACACGGCUGCCCCGAGAUACCAAGCGACAGGCGGUGGCCAUUGUGUUUACAGACGACACGUCGCGCACCUUCACCUGUGAAUCAGAGCUAGAGGCGGAGGACUGGUUUAAGACGCUGUCCAUUGAGUGCCUGGGCACACGGCUCAAUGACAUCAGUAUGGGAGAGCCGGAUCUCCUGGCUGCUGGAGUGCAGUGUGAACACACAGAGCGCUUCAACGUGUUCCUCCUCCCCUGUCCCAACCUGGACAUCUAUGGGGAGUGCAUGAUGCAGAUCACCCACGAGAACAUUUACCUGUGGGACAUUCACAACCCUCGCACCAAGCUGGUCACCUGGCCUCUCUGCUCCCUGCGGCGCUACGGACGGGACGCCACCCGCUUCACCUUCGAAGCCGGCCGGAUGUGUGACAGCGGUGAAGGCCUCUACACCUUCCAGACCAGAGAGGGAGAGCAGAUCUACCAGAGGGUUCACUCCUCCACGCUGGCUAUCGCCGAGCAGCACAAGAAGGUCCUGCUGGAGAUGGAGAAAAACAGCAGGUUGAUGUCUGUGGGUUCAGAGCCUGGCUCCUACCCCUGCACCCCAACCGCCAUCCUGCCCCGAUCUGUCUACUGGCACCACAUCACUGGAAACCAGACCGGCAUGGAUCCUGGUGAUGCUGCAGAAGACGACCUGCUGUCCACCCGCCUGCCUCCAGACCGCCAUGCCACGCUGCCCCUGGCAAACACACAUGCACAGUCCCAGCCGCACAUACCCACACACUCCCCGACACACUACCCCACCUACCCUGGACAGUGACACACACAAACACAGAAGAAGAUGUGGACUUGGAAAAAGACACAAACACACGCAUGCCCACAUGCAUGCAGGCACACACACAUACUGAAACACACUGUCUCUCCUUAUAUUAGUUUUACAGCCCAACGUUACACCUCACAGGGGAUGUUGUAGCCUAACACUGGCCAAAAGACCAUGCUGAAAGCAGAAAGCAGGAAGUGACAACUAAAUACAGCGAAAGACUGCAAGGAGAUUGGUCUUCCUUACAUGACUGCAGCUCCUACAAUUCCACAGUAAACGGGGUAUAUUUGACAUUUUUCCACACUCAGGAUAAGAAACUCUGGCAGAUUGGCAUAUAUGGCUCUCAGUAUGCUUUAAACCACCUAGGAUGUAUUAUGUGUUGUCCAACCAAGUCAAAGUGUUUCCACCUGUUCCGAAUGGACACUCUCGAAGGGUGGGUGAAAAGCCUUGAAGAGCAAUUUGUAGGGAUUUUAUUUAUUUAUUUACUGAAUUUAUACUACAGUUUUUAUUGAAAUUAUGAUUUAAAUAGUAAAUCUCUGGAACCAAAAUUAGGAGGAACCAAAAUUACUUUGUGCAUACAUUAAAUACGUGGAAUACAUAUGAAUUAGAGUGCAUUACUUUCCAUUCCAACAGCCUGCCUAACACCCAACUCAAUUUGGCUGUAGUCCGUCAUAUGCAUAUGAAUAUGUAUUUUAAACCUCAUUAGUGUCAAAACUAGCCCUGGGAUCCAUAUGUAUUAUUGUUAAAAAUUUACCCAGCUUGGCAGCUCCCCCUUAUGUGAUACAUAUUUUUUCAUAUAUAUUUCUCUGAUUUGAGGAAGUCAUGAAAACGGAUGUCACUGUGGUAUAUAGCUUAUUUUUUUUCAAACUGAUAACGUUUUAUUUUAUGAGUCCAUAAAUUCCUUUUAGGGAGAGAGAGACGUGGGUAAUUUGGUCCUAAUUAUAGGGAAAUUAGGAAUUUCCUUAAAAGAAAUGCUUAAAAUGUAACUCUCGCCAAAAUGCAACCUAGUGAUGUGAAUGUACCCGAGUCAAACUUUCAUUUAAAAGCAUAAUUA